CUGGGCGGGGUGCGGGGUUGCCAGGACGACCGUAGCGGGUUAGCGCAGAGUCGUUUGGAGACGCCCGGCGCCUAGAGGACGGUGUGCGGGUGGCGAGGUCGUUCGCAGGGGCCGCUUCCCGGGAGGGAAGAGCACGGACACCAGGAUCCUUGCCUCCCCGCCCCCAGUCCUCAGCGGGCACCCUGGUGUGCGGGGACCGCUCCAGCUGAGCGCGGACCCGGGCUGGCCAAGGGGCUUCCCAGAGCCCCAGACAACCGCCUGGCGGGCCAGCGGCCGUGGCCUGCAGGCUCCGCUCGCUUCAGGCGGCGUUCAUUUUCUAUCAGUGACUUGAUUUACUGCCACUGAGAAGCACCUUACAAAGGGGUCGGGUGGACUCUGAAGAAGGCUCUGCGCUUGCUGGUUUCGCACAGCGGUUAUAGGGAGGCUGCGGCCAGAAGGGCCCAAACCCGCGGUAGCAGGGCUUCGUCUUCUUUGCAGAACCAUGGGCAGCAAGAAGAAGGAAAUUGCUUUGCAGGUCAACAUCAGCACCCAGGAGCUUUGGGAGGAAAUGCUGAGUUCCAAAGGACUAACUGUUGUCGACGUCUACCAAGCCUGGUGUGGCCCCUGCAAGCCUGUGGCGAGCCUCUUCCAGAAGCUGAGGAUCGAGGUCGGUCUGGACCUUCUGCACUUCGCAUUAGCAGAGGCAGAUUGUCUUGAUGUCCUCGAAAAAUACCGAGGGAAGUGUGAGCCAACCUUUCUGUUUUAUGCAGGAGGAGAACUGGUGGCUGUCGUCAGGGGAGCAAAUGCCCCUCUGCUGCAGAAGACCAUCCUGGAUCAACUGGAGGUUGAAAAGAAGGUGCUAGCUGAAGGCAGAGAACGAAAAGUGAUUAAAGAUGAGUCUCUUUCUGAUGAAGAUGAAUGUUUUCCCCGUGAAAAAGACGUUGGUGAAGAUGAGGACGUGGUGUCACCACAGGAGACGUGUACCUUGGCAAUCAUUAAACCAGAUGCAGUGGGCCACGGGAAGACUGAUGAGAUUAUUAUGAAGAUCCAAGAAGCCGGGUUUGACAUUCUAAUAAAUGAAGAGAGAACCAUGACAGAGGCAGAAAUGCGGCUUUUCUACCAACGCAAAGCAGGAGAGGAGGCAUUUGAAAAGCUGGUACAUCACAUGUGCAGUGGACCAAGCCAUCUCCUGAUCCUCACCAGGACCAAGGGCAGCGAGGAUGUGAUCACUGCCUGGCGAAACCUCAUGGGGCCCUGUGACCCCAAUGUGGCCAGGAGAGAGCAGCCUGAAAGUCUCCGGGCUCUGUAUGGCACAGAAGUGCCCUUCAAUGCUGUCCACGGGAGCCGGGACCGAGAAGAUGCCAGCAGAGAGCUGGCACUGCUCUUCCCCAGUGUCAAGUUCUCACACGGAGACCUAGAGGCCUCUCAGGGGCAGGACUGGGUUCCCAAGUCCUGCAGAACAUCUGUCAUCCCACAGGCACUGAAACCCAAGGAGCAGCAGGCCCCAUGGAGGUGCUCUGAGUCCCUGAGGACAUGGACUAAGAUGCUGUGCUGCUCUUCUGAGCAUGUGACCAAGGGCAAGGCCACAGGGUCACAAGAUGAGAUGUCAGUGCACUGGAGCCUGCCUGGAAGGAAACUCAGAAUAGCACCAGUACUUCCUUGGUUUACCUGUCUUUGUGGAAAAUAAAAACAACACCAUGUACUUUCUCUUUAUUAAACAGUGUACAGAACACUCCCCACAUCCCCAGUCAUCAGGUUUAAAAAAAAAAAAAACAAAACAGGCAUCCGUUAUUGUACUCUGGUGUCAUCUCAGAGGAUACUGAGCCACGGGAGGGGCAGUGUCUUCCCAACCAUAAACCUACUCUAUGGUUAAACCAUUUUAGAUCCUAACUUAGUAACUAUGAACUUAAAAGCAGUGCAGUAAGACUGGGUGUGACAAAAGACAGCAUCCCAACGUGAGGUCAGGUGGCAACUGGCUUUCAGCGUGGCCGCCUGCUUCCUGCCCACGUCAUGCCCAGCCACUCAGUGCUGCCAGAUCUGCCCGCUCGAGGCUCUCCCUGCAUCAGGGCACGUUCGCACAGCAAUACUUGGAAGUACAUGUGGAACCAGGGUUCAUCCAAAUUUCUCGUUACCCCUUUCCCCCAUUUCUUUGGCUUCUCAUUUGGGGGCCAGGUUGCCUUCAGUGUCCACUGAAUUGCCUGGUUUUGCUCUCUGCAGGGCUCUUCCUUUGAGGGAUGCAGUAAAAAGUAUGGGGUUUCCAGUGAGUAGUCCCAUGCACUGCCACUCCCUCUUACCAUUUUGUUCUCGUGCUGUUUUAAGUUCACCAGGCCCAGGCUACUCUGUCCUUUCAAACCAGGAGGAAAAUGCCAGCAAUCUCCUCAUUUGUGGGUUUUCUCCAGAGGAGUCCACUCUUACGACUGGAAGAAGUCCUUUACAUGGGCAGUUGGCUGUCAGAAGACGGCUCUUCAUGGGGGCAUUACAUUUUCUGUCACCUAAGUGCUGAGUCUGUGCUGGUUCUGGGGAGAAAAGGAUGAGUCUGGCCUGAAGAACUAAGGCCUCUGACACUGGAUGGGCCCUAGUGUUGAAAGUCACUGCUUUUCCCAUGACCUUGUGCUGCCUCUGAAUGGAGAUGUGCAAGCCCCCAGUGCAAAUCAGCAACUGAACUGGGCCCCUGCAUGAAACAACGAGCUCAGCAGAGCUGUCAGGAAAGGGGAUCCACUGUUCCAGAGCCCUGGGCACACAGCUCACUACAGGGCUGUGCUCCUCCCUUGAGCAUAGGCUCAAGUCUGGGCCAUGUCAGAGCUGACAAAGGACUUGGGAGUACGAGAGCCCUACAUCCCGGCUUCCAUACCAUGGGUAUCAAUGUGGCUCAGAAUGAGCUGAUAGCUAUCUGAUCUCCCCAGAGAAACCAGGAAGUCAAGAAUCUCUCAUCACUGGUGAGAUGAGAGAAGCAGCAAUCAGGGCCUCUGAAAAGCAGGAGAGACUGGAAGAGUAGGUGAGGGAACAGAGACUCAGGGUGAGAAGUGCUGGUGUCAGUGAGAGGGAUCUUUAAACACUCCCAGAAAACAGCUAAGAAGGUCAGGGCCAGGCAGGGGAAAAGCAGGAGAAGCACUAGGUGAGAUGAUCAGAGUGGGAAAGGUGGUGACCAGUUCCUUCCUCCCAUUGCUGGGGGCACAGGGGUGCUGUGGCUUCAGCAUUGUAGGACACGCCUUUUCUAAGAGUGCAUAAGAAAGGGGGACAGGGUGGGGGCUCCUGAGAGUGGCUAUAAGACCAUUCUACUCUCAAGGGGACAGUACUCCUUGGUGGAGAUGCUGGCUGGGCCUGGCUUCCUGCCAGAAGCUGCUUUUGAACAGGUGUAUUUGGGCUUUUUGGCCUCAUCCCCUAGGCGCAAGUGCUUGAGGAGAGGAGGGCAGGCCCAACCAUACUAAGUCUAAGGUGGACUCAACUCUAAGCACUGGCUCUGGCCCAUCCUCCAGGGAGAGAGCUGGAUGCCCAACAAGACCAAUGCUGGGAGCUGCAGAAAUGGUUCAGUAGUUGACUCCGUGGCCCUUGGAGGGUUCCCACAGGUUUCCCUGAGGCCAGGUACUGGACAGAAACUUCCCUCAUGCAGGAAACAUGUGCCUCCCUGUUCAAUGAUCAGGGAAGGUCAGUGCACGGGACAGAUUGGGGCAGCACCAGUCCCUACUCCAGGUGACAAGGUGUUUAGAACCCUUUCUGUCAGCCUUCCAUCAGGAACUGGGGUGGGAUGUCCCUUUGCUCUCUUCCUUUCUAGCCCUCACUUCCAGUGUCCCAUGGCAAUUAUAGAAAAGGGGGCCUGCCUGGCUUUCCUCCUACUUUCCUGGUCUCUCGUUGGGUUCCCACACAGCUCUUCUCCACUAGGAUUCCCUCCUACACAGCCACCUCACUGUUCUCCCACCCCAUGCCUGGUGGCUGCUGGGCACCACGCAGCUGGUAAACUGCCAAACUUUGGGCGUGUGUCCAGCAGGUGGUGGCAGUGGAGGACCCAACACUGGCAGGGAGGGUGUCUUCGUGAUUGGGAGUGGUCACCUAUAAGAGUCUGCUGGCCAUCAGGAGACCAGGUAGAGUGGGGUCUCCAGACUGCUGCACAUGUCUGAAUCAAAGGCACUUCCCAGCCCUUUACUCACCAAGAAUCACAGGUUCCAAAAGUCGGUCCACAUCAUCUUCUAAUGUUUCCUAAUGUCCAGACAUUUGGAAAACAGACUCCUUUUUAGAAGUUGCUAUGAUUUUUCUUGGCUUUUAUUAGCAUGUGUUAAAAUCAUAUUAUCCAAACACUACCAGAAGAACAUGUAUUGUUCUGAAUAAAGUGCUUAAGGAAAAAAAAAUGCAACUUAUUAAAUUGGACAUUCUUUUCUAGUUCAUAAAUUUUGGGUUACAAUCAGGGCACAAAAAGAAGAACAGAAUGCAGUAUUAAAGAGAGCGAGAAGCUUAGUUAAGAACUUGGGUGUAGACACAAGACCAUGUCCCAUUCUUCCCACUUCCUUGCUGACUGAACACUGCACCUGCGUAAAGCAGCAAAUAGCUUUGUUUUAAUAAAUACAUUUCCCUUCAUUCAAAUCAGAAAAGUUACUUAUUGUAAAGCACUUUUUAUUUAACCAUUGUGUAUACCCACAGGCAAGAUUGCAGAGUUGGAGUGUGAGAAUGUCAUUUCCUUGGGCCUUCAGCUCUCUAUGCUAUCUGGGUUCAAGAUUGUCUCAGCAAUUCAUUAUUGGUUUCCUCAUAUUUACCUGGUACAUUUUAAUACCAACACUAUAGUGUUUUGUGUUACAAAUGCCAACCAAGGAUAUUUUCUCAGUACUAAAAAUGACAACAAAUGG